UUAUCUCAACCAAUCAGAACUUCGUUCAAUGUCGUGGCUUUACGCGGAAUAUUUCUGAGUGCUGAACGUAUCAACAAGAGAAAAAAGAUAAAGAAAAUUAAUUAAAAAUCAGAAAAGGAAUUAUUCACCAAAAAGAAAUGUUUGGAUGAUACAUAUUUAACUAGACUUUAAGUUGAACAGGUUUCAUCAUGUAAUUCCAUGGCAGCAGAAGAGAUGUUGAUAAGGUUGCCAUGGUAAUUGAGGGAAAGGAUGUUAGCGAUGACCAGUCGAAAAGAAAGAUUUGAUAACAACAACUAUGAGGUGAUAUCUGUUAUUGGAAAUGGUGCCUACGGAACUGUGUACAAGGCUCGUGACAAAGAGGGACAACUUGUGGCGAUGAAAAAGAUUCGAAUACAAAAUACAGAGGAAGGGAUGCCCAUGAGCGCAAUCAGAGAAAUUGCUUUAUUAAAACAGCUGGAAAACUAUGAACAUCCAAACAUUGUCAGAUUUCUUGAUGUGAAACAUACAAAUCAAACUGCAAAUGAAAUUCGUCUCAACUUGGUAUUUGAAUUCAUAGACCAGGAUUUGGCAGCCUAUUUAGAAAGAUGUCCAUCACCAGGACUAGGGCCAGACAGAAUCAGAGACUUAAUGUAUCAGUUAUUAAAUGGUGUAGACUUUCUCCAUGCUCAUCGAAUUGUACAUCGAGACUUAAAGCCACAGAACAUACUUAUAACAAGAAAUGGGCAGUUAAAACUUGCUGAUUUUGGACUUGCUAGAGUUUACGGGUUUCAGAUGGCUCUUACUUCAGUGGUAGUAACACUAUGGUAUAGGGCUCCAGAGGUAAUUUUACAAGCAUCCUAUGCCACUCCUGUAGAUUUAUGGAGCUGUGGAUGUAUUUUUGCAGAACUUUUUAUCAGAAGGCCAUUGUUUUGUGGACAGUCAGACAUAGAUCAGUUGGCCAAAAUAUUUGAAAUUCUGGGACUUCCAAUGGAACAUGAUUGGCCAGAAAAUGUUACGUUACCAUGGAGCUCAUUUAAACCAGUCCCACCUCAGCCACUACAACAUUACAUACCAGAAAUAGAAUCAGACGCUCAAGAUUUACUAGAGAAACUGCUGCAGUUUAAUCCACAUAAAAGAAUAAGUGCAAGAAAUGCUAUGAACCAUAAUUAUUUUAGAGAUGAAAUAGAUAGUUUACGGACGUCAAGUUCUAUGUCAGUGUCUGAAAGUGAUUCAGGACUGGAUACUAGCAGCAGAUCUGACACUCCUGUCAGUAAAUGAAACCCUUAAUUUGAUUGGAUCGCUUUGCAGUUUCGGGGAAAUGAUUCCUUUUCUGUGAUUUGGUAGAACAUUAGGAUCAGGGGUUUGCUGGUAAUAAGGUUUAUCCAUCAAUUAUUGAAUUCCAUUGUAGGGUACAAGGAUUUUAUGGUUGGCUAAAUCAAUGCAAGGACAGACAAGAAUAAUUCAGGAAUACAAAUGAGUGAAUGGUAUAGGAAUGUAAGAUAGGUGUACAUAAAAUGCCAAAGUUGUCAAGAUAGUAUUUUUGCACUGCUGAACAAAAACAGAAAUGUGUAUACAAACAUUGUUCAGAAGAAAGUAAUUAAAGAUUUUAAUAUUUUUAUAAUCUUUGAACUACCAGAUUGCAUUUCAAAAAAGAUAAUUUUGUCUCACCUGCGACAAAAGUCGUUGGAGGUAAGACAUAGGUAUUACUUUUGAAUCAGUGAGGUUAAUAUUUAUAUAUUAAGUUUUCCAGAUUAGGUUUGCUAUGUGGUUACUAUUCAACGAUUUCUGUUAUGUAGAUUUAUUGUAUGAAGUAUUUGUCUAUCAGACAACUGUCAUAUGAUUUGGAUUUUCACACUAAAUUGAAGUCUCUUUGAAUAGGGCUAUUCCUCAAUAACUAUGCAACAAAUACCACAAUAUUUGGUAUAUGGGUUUUCUUUAAGAAGCAUAGGUCGGUCUCACAUAAUUAAUUUGACCUUGACCUCAUAUUCACAUUUUAGGGACUAAGUUUUGAAAAAAGUUUCUCUCAGAAACAAUACUUGAUUAUUAUUAUAGUUCAACAGUGUUUUGAUACCGGUAAUAUGAAUUCAUUAUAGAGAGUUCAAGUUAAAAUCUAUAAUUUGACCUUGACCUUGUUUUCAAAGUUUAUUGACCUUUUCAGUAAUACAAUGUAGUAUAUAAAUAUUGGAGCAGGCAAGACAUUUUAGUGUGUUUACUCUUGUUAAAAAUGUAUUUGUUAUUAAAAAAUUUAAAUCAUACCCAUGAAAAUUCAUAUUAACUAGAACUGUUAUACAACUUAUUUAUAUACACAAACACAGCUUCCAUUUAUCAUGGUUAUUAGCAUUACUUUUUAUAAUGUACAUAUUUUUUCUUUUCUUUGUAAAUUCAAGAAAAGUUCACUUUUAAGCAAAAUAAUCAUUGUUUAUCAUCUUAUUUUCAUGGUUUUUCAAAUUUUGAUAAAAAGAUUUAUUUGGAUUAAAGGGGUAAAGAAAGAGGCAGAAAUUAGACAUCUAAAAAUACUAAAAGGUAAUAAUAAGAAAAUUAAGAUUGAGAAAGUGUAAACUGAUUUUUUUUCCUUCUGACAAAAUGUGCACAAACACAACAGUUUUAUGGAAUUUGUUUUAAUUUAAAAUGUGUUCUUAAUAUGGUGUAAAUGAAAUUGUUUAUGAAGUAUGAAUCAAUUCUUGUUGCUUUUUAGAAAAAAUUACAUCAUCACAUCUGGGCUGAUCUUAAAACUUUCAGAUUGUCAAACACAAAUUGCUGUUGGAUUAUUGAAAUAUUUCAAACAAUGUUAAAAUGAUUUUGUAUAAAGACUCAAGUCAAAACCAUGGGACUCAUCAGGUUUGUCAAAAUCUGCACUGUUUAACUGACUGUUUAAAUAUAAAGUUAAAGAUGGAUAUGUUAGAAAAAAAGAGUAAAAAUAGAAUUUACAGAAUAAAAUAGAGUUUAACUUGCUUUUUCAAGUAAUGCUCAAUAUCUUCAGAGUAAAUUUAGGGGGAUGGGACGGGUUGCCCAGUCACCCUUAUGUAGCUACAUUUAUGGUUAAUCCAGACUUUUUACCUGUUCCACUUCAAACUUUUUCUAAUUUAAGGGCCUGCAGGCCUCCCCCAUGUCAGUAUCCGGGAUCCACAUCUGAUCUUGACAUCUUUACUACUAUAUUGCAGAUGUUUCCUUAGAUUUUCUAAGUUAAACGGUCCAAAGCCAGUAAUGAUACAAUUGCUAGUCCUUGGAAAUAUAAGGCUGUUGAACAAAACAUAAAAUUGAUUAUAAUGUUUUAUAGAAAAUGAUAAAACCAGAUGUGAUGAUGUCAUACUUGUAUUUACUUUUAAAUUUUUAGUUUGAGCAUUUUCAGCUGUGAUUUCUUACUUUCAAACUGUGAUUAAUUUUUGUUAUGGGUAUUCUUUUCUUCUGUAUUUUAAGCUUAUAAUUGCUGGAAUGUUAUAUGUAGUUGUGCAAACCCAUUUAGCACUAUAUCUUAUACAUGUGGAAGUUGAUAAUAACAGUCUUUAUAUCAAUUGUAUAUAAAUAGGCAUGUUAAUUUUGUCUUUGUUUUAAUAAGAAAUUGUUUGUAAAAAUAUAGAUAUAAAGGCAUGUUAUUUUUGUUUCCAUUAAAUACAAUUUUUUUUUGUGUGCAUAAAAUAUAGAUACAUGUAGGAAUAUUAUUUUUUUUUCUUGUUUGAAGAAGAAAUAUUUUGUAACAUACAUGAUAUAUAUCCAAUAGUUUAAUAGGAAAUCCCACACGUUUUACGUUUAAAUUAAAAUUGAAAAAUAGCAUUACAACAGUUUUUAUGCCCCCGCCGUAGCGGAGGGGGCAUUAAGUUUUACCCUUGUCCGUACGUCCAUCUGUACAUCCCAAAAUUAUUUUCCAUUCUCUAACUUUAGUUUACCUCAACCAAAUGUUAUGAAACUUAUACACAAUACUUAUUACCACAAAACACAGAUCAAGUUUGAAUUUUAAUGGUGUCACUUUUACCAUUCUAGAGUUAUGCCCCUUUACAAAUGGAAAAAUUGCUGAAUUUUUCGUUUCCGUUCUCUAACUUUAGUUUGCCUCUGUUAUGAAACUUAUACACAAUGCUCAUUACCACAAAACACAGAUCAAGUUUGAAUUUUGGUGGCGUCACUUUUGCCAUUCUAGAGUUAUGCCCCUUUACAAAUGGAAAAAUUGAUGAAUUUUUUUCGUUUCCGUUAGAGCUCUUACUUUAGUUUGCCUCAACCAAAUGUUAUUAAACUUAUACACAAUGCUCAUUACCACAAAACACAGAUCAAAUUUGAAUUUUGAUGGGGUCACUUUUACCGUUCUAGAGUUAUUCCCCUUUAUAAAUGGAAAAAUUGCUGAAAUUUUCGUUUCUGUCUCUUAUUUAGUUUGCCUCAACCAAAUGUUAUGAAACUUAUACACAAUGCUCUUUACCACAAAACACAGAUCCAGUUUGAAUUUUGGUGGCGUCACUUUUGCCGUUCUAGAGUUAUGCCCCUUUACAAAUGGAAAAAUUCAGAGUAUCCAUUCUCUAACUUAAGUUUGCCUCAACUAAAUGUUAUGAAACAUAUACACAAUGCUUAUUACCACAAAACUCAGAUCAAGUACAAAUUUGGGUAGCAUCAUUUUUACAGUUCUUGAGUUAUGUCCCUUCAUAACGUUAUAUGCAAGCGGGGGCAUCAUCUGUGUUCCAUGGACACAUUCCCCAUUUAUUUCUUUUUGUUUUUCUAAGCUUUUUAUAGAUUUAUAGAUAUUAGAAUUGACUGGAGAAAUAAUAUAUUUAUUGACUAUUACACCAUUAGACCUUACACCCUAGGUUCUGAGAAAAUUACAAAGAAAUUUUGUUACAUGUAUACUUAAUUUUAGAUUAUAAAUUCUGUUUUUUGGCUUGAUCUUAAGUUAAUAUGGAAUAUUAAUUAGAAUCGUUUGAGCAUUUUUACUUAUAAAUGGUAAUUUAUGAUAGAGUGUUAUAAGGAGAUCAGGGGUCACCAUACCAGGCAAAGUGAGCAACUGUGUUGCCCUGGGGUUCCCGACUUCGCUCUUAAGAAGACCCAAAGAGAAGUGUAUGAAGCCCACGAUUUUCAGUAAAAGUCCCCUAAUGUGCUCAUUCAAUUCAGAUUGAAAAAAGAUGUGGAAGGGCACUGUUAUGAAUUGAAUACCAUUUUCCAUCAAUCCCUACUUAGAAUCACCAUGCAAUGCUUAUUGAAAUGAAAUUGUUGGGCAGUAGUCUAAACAUUUUCAGGAAGAAGCCAGAGGAUUCACAAUGACAUUUUUUUACCUUGUUGGUCAUUUUCUCAUUGAUUCACAAUAUUGGCAAGAUAUCCCUGAUUUAGUAUAUUAUUAAUUCAAGUUGGCAUUGGUGCAUUUUUUGUUUUUUGUUAAAAGUCUUCAAUAUUCCAUUUUUAUAUGACAUUUCAUAAUUUGGUAUUGAUACAUCACAUAAUAUUAAAUCAUAUAUCACCUAAACUUUUUGUUGGUUUUUUUUCCAACUUAUUCAUAUUUGCAACAGUAUAAAUUCCAUUUUUUUAGAUACAUUGUUAUAGUGUAUUUGGGACCAAAAGUAUUCUGUUAUGAAUUUUAUGCAUUUAUACACAAUAUUGAUUUUGUCAGAUAUGGAACUGCCUGAUAUAUUUGCUUAUAAUAAGAUAUAUAAUGUCAUGUAAAUUUUGUAAAUAGAUUGUACAAAUGUUUAUAUAUUUUGAACAAAUUUUUACAUUUUGUGUUUAAGUCUCAAACUGGCAUAAUUUUCUAAAUAAUCUCAACAUAUAUAGUACAAAAUAUACAACCCCUCAACUCACAAAAUUCGUUUUUUGAAAUGUGCAAGAAAGAAACAUGGUUGGUAUUUGUUUUAUUUAGACCCUAAAAAGGAUUUCUGAUUAAUAUGAAAUGUAUUUCAAUUUGCUCAGUAUGUCUGCAGAUAAAUAUUUCUUUUGAUUUUGCUCAGUAUAAGUAUAUUAUCUUUAGUAUUGAAUAAAAUAAAUGACAAAAAUGUAUGUAUUUUUAUACAAUUAACAUGAAAUUACUAGAAAAAAAUCGUCUUUGUGAUGUCAUAGUUAAAUAAUUAUCAUGCUUUUAUUUAAAAAUACUUGUACAUGUACUAUAAAUCUGGUUAUAAAUUAACUUUGGUAUUCACAAGUCCUAGAAAAAAUGUUCUGAGAUUUAUUAAUUUAUUUAAAAUUUUAGGGCACAAAUAAUACACUCAACACACAUUUUUCUGAUUGUUUCGUAAAAUAAAAAAGGGGGAUCACAUCUGAUAAUGUUUCAGCCCAGCUGAAGUCCUUUCUAUAACAAACAAAAUAAAUGCCUCCUAGUUCAUGGUCCAGCAACUUUGAAUUAAUUAGCAAUUUUUAAAAUGUUAUUAUUAUAAUGUUGAAUUAAUUAGCACUGUUGCUGUCCAUUAGAUUGUCUUUUUCAGAAUUUUCUACCAACAGGCGAGACAUAUCUCUGUGUCAACAAUAUUUUAAUUGUAUUAUUUACAUCUUUGCUUAUUAAAGAGGAACAAAUUAUAUAAUGGGACCAAAACUGAUAUUUCAUAUAUAUUAUAUCUGAUUUGAUACUGCUAGUUUAUCUCUUUACAGUCUAAUCAAUUUACAUAUAAUUUUUUCAAAUGUAUUCAAAUAAUGCAGGAAAAUAAUAUCAAAAUGUAAAAUUUAAUUAUGGAUGAAUUUGAUCAAGGAGAAAACAAUAAACAUUCCUUCCCACCGUAACAUUUUGUCGGCUGUUUUAGCCUAUAUACUUUACAUAUUGUUUUGAAUUGGCUCUUGAUAUUUUUAUGAUAGUUUUUUGUAUGUUUUUUUUUUGUGGUUGGUAUACUCAAGCAUUAAAACAUCAAUACCAUGGCAUUAGUUAUUCAUAUGUUGUAUAGUUUACUACAGCCAGUGUGAAGUUUAUUUAAAUUUUGUCUUUACUUGGCUUUCAUUUUUUUUAGUUCAUAUUUAAAGUCCAUUUGGACCACAUGAAGUGAAUGUUUUUCAGGGCUUUCCUUUUCAAAAAUAUGUAGGCUCAAAGCCAUUUCUGGACUAUAAGAAUAAAACAGUUGGACAAAUUUUUAACAGGUAUAAUUCAGACAUUGAUUAGAUUGUCAUAUGUGAUUUCUCACCAAGUUUAUUUGGUAUACCAUACCAUACCAUAUCAACAUAUUUUUUUAAUCUAAUCAUUAGAGAAACAGAUUCUAUAUCUUGACCCAAUUUAUAAUUAUAUUAUUCACUCUCAAAAGUUAAAUAUCAAAAUGUGAGGUUAAUCCACUCUCAAUAAUUUUUAUAAUGUGAAGUAACCCUAGCGUUUUAAAUUUUGAAUCCCAACUAUCUCUAUUUUAAAAAGUCAUAACCACUACAAAUAUUCAGUAGAAUCUGUAUAUGAAUAGAUAUAGGAAGAUGUGGUAUGAGUGCCAAUGAGACAACUCUCCAUCCAAGUAACAAUUUAUAAAAGUAAACAUUAUAGGUCAAGGUACGGCCUUCAACACGGAGCAAGCCCAUUUUUAUCUUGAUCUAGCCAUAUUUCAAUUUUUACAGAAAAGGGUAUAUAAAUCAAAACAAGCUGACCUGGUAUAAGCUUUUAUAUGUUGGGUACCAAUUAUCACAUAUAAUGGAAAAUAUGCUAAUUUAUCUUCUUCUUUUUUAAUUUGCUGUUGAAAUUUGUGAUAAUAAUCAAUGGACAUUUUGUAUUUUGGGCAGAUAACUGGUAGCCAGCAAAUAAUACGUAAUUUGAUUAUCAUGUCUUUUAUAUAUCUUAAGUUUCCUUAUUUGUUUAUGCAUUGUACAACAGGGAAUGUACUUUACACACAUCCUGUUUUGCUGUUUUCCCUCUUAUCCUUGUAUGCCUGCAGCAUUCUCUUCAACAUCAGCAUUUUUUCUUGGCAUACUAAACUGAUAUUGGAAAAGUAUUAUUUAUACAAAAAAAAAUAGGCAACUAUGUCUCCUUACAUUUAAUUCAAUGUCAAUUUUCAUAAAUUUUGCUCAAACACCAUUAGUUUUCAAAAUUUAACACUGCCACAAAAAGGUUCUGUGAAAGGGAUUGACAAAGAAUUAAAAAUUUUCCAUGUUAUUGGAACUUUACCAUUGAAGUUUAUUGGAGUGUUGAUAGUUAAAAACCCUUUGACAGCUAUGGAAUGAAAAUUUUUAUAAUUUAUACUGAACAAAAGACUAGCAGCAUUGAGGACCUUAUUUGGUCCAAAGCAGGUAAAUUUUUAGAAACAAAAUGUCAAGAAUCAUGAUAUAAUAAAUGAAGAUUUGCUUCAGAUAUUGGUAUUAAGUCAUAUAUUUGGGCAUUAGUUGGAUUAUUUUUCAAAUCAUUAUUUAGGAAAUCCCUUUUACAGAACCUUCUAUAGUGCCUUAAUCAAACCAACAAACCGUCCAACAGCAAGAGAUAUUUUCCUUGCAACUGCCAUUUUUAUGCCGACUGUUCAACAUAUAUGCAUGAAUUCAGAAUCUUGUACAUUUUUAUUCAGCUUUUGAUUUUUAAAAAAGCCUAUUUGUAUAGACUUGAAAAAAAUAAAAGAAAUGUAAACUCA